CUGGCUAGCUAAUAUUAGUAUUCUAUACCUAAGCUAAUCCGUGCUCCUGUUGCUACUGAUCUCAGUGGGCUAUGAGACCAUGGAGCUAACUAGCCUUGCAGUUUUCCUCAACCGGAACAAGUUACAAUGUUACUGAGUAGUUACCGCGACAGUCCCACAAGUUUGACUGCAGAUUGUUUACGGUUGGUCGGACAUCUGAACGCUUCGUUGGGGGAUGAGACGCCUGCUGAGCUGGGUCAUUAAUGCCCCUAAAACAAUCCGAACCAUGUGGCUAACGUUAGCCGCCUCCCCUCUGAAGUUAAAGAACACAUCUCUGAUGUUGUGCACCUCGUCUUUCCAGGGAGACAACCUCUGCAACGGGACGCACGGCAAGAAGGCGCUGCUGUCCGACUGCCAGCUCUUUGAAGGCCAGUUUGAGGAGCUGGUGACGGAGCUGACAGAGAGGGACCUCAGCGACCCUGCGUUGGCCGACGCUCUGAGCAGGUUGAGAGAGGUGUUGGUGUAUAAUUCUCCUGGAGGCAAGCGGAACAGAGGCCUGUCUGUGAUUGGCUCACUGAGGGAACUUCUCCCACCCAAUCAGCUCACACAGGAUGUGGUGCAGCGGGCUCUGUUGGUCGGCUGGUGCAUUGAGCUGCUUCAGGCAUUUUUCCUGGUGGCUGAUGAUAUUAUGGAUGCGUCUGUAACUCGGAGAGGACAGCCCUGCUGGUACAAGAAGGAUGGAAUAGGUCUGGAUGCCAUCAAUGAUUCAUUUCUCUUAGAGGGGUCGAUCUACAGACUACUUCGCAGACAUUGCAGGGAUCAGCCCUACUACGUCCACCUUCUGGAGCUAUUUACUGAGACAUCUUUCCAAACCGAGCUCGGCCAAGCUUUGGACCUCAUGACGGCUCCUCCUGGUCAGAUUGACCUCAACAGAUUCACCAUGGAGAGGUAUAAAGCUAUUGUGAAAUACAAGACUGCCUAUUACUCCUUCUACCUCCCGGUGGCAGCUGCGAUGUACAUUGCAGGAAUUAAGAGUGAAGUGGAGCAUAACAAUGCCAAACACAUCUUGCUUGAGAUGGGAGAGUUCUUUCAAAUACAGGAUGACUACUUGGACUGUUACGGAGACCCUGCUGUGACAGGAAAGAUUGGUACAGACAUCCAGGAUAACAAAUGCAGCUGGUUGGUGGUGACCGCUUUGGAGAUCAUGACUCCCGAACAGAGAGCAGAGCUGGAGGCAUGUUACGGGCGCCACGACGAUGCCAGUGUGGAAAAGGUCAAAGCACUGUACAACACCCUGCAAAUGCCAGCGCUGUACCGCAAAUAUGAAGAUGAGAGCUACCAGCGGCUACAGAAACUCAUCACAGGUCACGCUCAGAACCUCCCUCACUCAGUCUUCCACAACUUUGCCAAUAAGAUCUACAAGAGGAACAAGUGAGGGAGAACGGUGGUCACAAAUGGUAUCAGGUGCAUCAGCCGGGUUCCCUUUUGACUUUUAUCAUGACGGAGAUCUCUCUGUUUUCAAAGAGGACUUUAAGGGAUAAUGCUCUGACUCCCCAACAGCAUGACCCGAAGACGCCUGUGAUAUUUAGAAAUCCUGCAGGCAGUUUCUUAACUUUACAAUGCUUGGUUGAUACUUGGUUUUGAAUGUCAUCCGACAGCCUGUUUCUUUUGUUCCAUGUUAUCUAUUUAUUGAACCCAGUGCGUAAUAUACAGUGUCCCCUGUCAUCUCUGCACUGAAGAGGAAUAAGCAUGGAUAUAAGAAGCGCUCUAAAAGAGUCAUAUGGUCUAGCUUUCUGCCCUGAAGAUUUCAUGGCAGGAUGAUGUGACAAAUCAAAUCCAACAUUCAAAACCAAAAUCAUUUGAUUUUGUAGGCAUACUGUAGACGCAUUAUUGGAGUAAGAACUUUAAGGGACAUUGUAUAUGACUGUAGAUGUAUUCCAACAGCGAGUGAAACCUGAUCAGCUCUCUAAGUCCAUAUAUUUUUAUACUGCUGCUAUAAAGUCUGUUCUGGCCAGGAUGUUAUUACUUUUAAUAAAUAAUUUAUGAACAGUA